GGUCAUUUCAACAGCGCAAUCUCAGAUUCAUUGACAGGGCAAGCAGGUCCGACAACAGCAGAGGUUCAGGAUAGCAGUGGGGUAGGAUCAUUUGAAGCUGUACGUUCAUUGUCUGGGUCAUUGAGCAGUGAAAGAUCUAUAAAACGGAACACCUCCCACGCCCAGUCGAUCGACUCGCGUGACUUCCCAGUCCAAUCUUCUGUAUCAAACGCCUCCAGCUCGCAUCAUGUCCCGCUUACCGACCAUCUCAACGCCCAGUCGGGCUUCGACGUCCACAACAAGUCUGCCGACUCCCACAUCUCGACGCCCCAGGUCAUCGCUGGGCGUAUCACAACAUCGCCCUUCCAGUCGAGAGAUGGAUGAUCCAGCUGCAGAACUGGCACUUCAAGAAGCGUUAAAACAUCGACCACCGAGCAGUCUACGCAAUGUCGUGCAUUCUACGAACGCUUUGGAGGCGAACGAUCCCGAUACGCCCACUGGACUAGGCGCGUCCACGCUCAAGACGCCAGCUUCCAUGCUCAGGGCGAAAACGCCCCUAGGACUAGGCCACGGGCAACACCCCACGACCCCAUCCGCAUCUCGAGCUGUAUCACGCGCUCGACCCAGUAUAGGUUCAGCGACCCCGCUGACGAAUCGAAGGACAUCUAUGGCUUCUUCCACCACGACAUCGACUACACCAUACGGUGCACGCAGACCCGAGUCAAGGCUGGCAGGAGGGUCAGGUGCAGAACACUGGUCGCCUGCCAUCGGUGAACGGGUUAGGAUGCAGGCGAUGGGAAUGGAGGGGACUUUACGGUAUCUUGGAGAAACAGAGUUCAAAGCUGGAGUCUGGGCCGGUGUGGAACUCGAAGGGGGAUUUGCAGGCAAGGGAAAGAAUGAUGGGAGUGUCAAUGGGGUCACCUACUUCGCCUGCCCCCCUCUAUGCGGUGUCUUCAUCCUCGCUGUCAAGCUUUCCCCUCCUACAUCUGGUGUCUCACGCCCAGCAUCCGCAGCUUCCUCACAUCUCUCCUUCGCCUCAUCCGCUUCUUACAUUUCAGGUCGGGCGACACCUUCCAUCGACCGAGCCAUGCGAUCCAGCACAGCUGCCACAACUCCUUCCCGAGUUAAUCGAGCCGUCUCGUCCGCUCGUCCAUCUCUUGCUCCAGACGAUGAUUCCAGACCAGUCAAGACGCUUCUGGGUACCAGCUCGAGCUCAAAUGCUGCCAUUGCAGAAAGCAAGAUCACAGCUGGAUCUCGAGCCAGCAAGUAUAUCGGAAUGACCGCGAAGCAAUUGGAGACAGCUAGGAGUGGAACUCUAAGCGCAUCAGUGCGGAGCACGACAGCUACCCCGAGACCAUCACGGGUCUCCAUCGGCGGUCCGGGAACCGGUCGACCUCGGGCGAGUCUCGGGGCCAGUCUAGCCACUCCCCGACCGAGAGCGCCUCGGGCUAGCCAUGCCGCGGAUGUUAUGCCUCCUCCGCCCAGUCCGGGUAACGUCGACCGGGCUGUCUACGGCCAACAAGCAAAGCUCGAAGAGGAAUUGCGUCAACUGCGAGAGAGAAAUGCAAAUCUCGAGGAUCAGCUGUUCAGCCUAAAUUCAGCGGCCAGUCAACAUUCACCAGAUGACACAGAAGCUCUGAGAGAGCAGGCAGACAUGUUACGUCGAGAAUUGGAUGCCUCGCAUGGCGAAGUCGACGAAGCUACCAAGCUCGCUGAGGAGCUCAAACUGGCUCAGGAGGGUUUACAAAGUAUCGUCGAUGAGAAGGAUAAACAGUUGGGCGAGUUGAGAAGGGACAUGCAAGUGGCCGCUGAGAGGGCUCAAGGAGAACUCGACGCAGGUAUGGAAGCGAAGACGGCGGAGAUCAGGAGGCUACAGGACAGGGCCGAUUUGGCGGAACAAGACGGUGCCGAGAUGCGCGCGCUGGUGGAGGAAUUGACUCAGGCCGGCCAGGCCACCAUAUCCCUGUACGAGAACAAGCAGUAUGAUCUUGAAGAUAAGAUUCGAUCGCUCGAGGAGAAGUCUCGUCUACUUGAAGAACGCCUUGUCAAGGCUCGGGAAGAAUCCGAAGCUGCCGCAUCGACGCAAUCGACUUCCAAAAGAGAAGCCAUCUCCGCUGCGGAGAUCGACAAUGAGACGUUGAAUGCACAACUGAAGCAUUUCCAAAAUCGAGUAUCCAUCCUCGAAGAGGAGCUUGAAGAGGCUCAAAGUCGAGCAGAGGCAGAUGCGGAAUCUUGGAAAGCCAGGAUCAAUAAGGCCAAGUUGGCUGAAAAGGCCCAUGUUGACAAGGAAAGGGAAGCAAGGGAGGAGAUUAAAAGGUUGGAAAGAGGUGCCAAUGGUGCCAAGACGAGGAUACAAGAAAUCGAAAACGCGUUGAAGGAAAACAGAGGUCUGCUGGAAAUCGCUCGCGCAGAGAUAGAGAGCAUGCGAGGAGAGGUUGCGGAGGUCGCCAGUCUGCGAACAGCCUUGCAGAACGCCGCAGACAAGGAUAAGAUGUUGAGCGACGCGCAGGAUGAGAUCCAAGCUCUCAAGACAAAGUUGGAUCAAGCAGCCGGUGCCGAAUCUCAAGUCGCCGAGCUACAAGUCAAGAUUGGCGCUCUCGAGAGUCAGAUUGCAAAGCUCAACACCAACGCGCAGACCAACUCACCAGCCAUGCAACGUGGUCGUUUAUCAUCUGGGUCCAGCGACGAUGCCGAAAAGCGAAUGCGCGGAUUUCAACACAUCAUCUCGGAUCUCUCAGCAGAGAAUGCAGAGCUCAAAGACAAGUACCAGAACCUUGUGGAAGAGGUGGAUCUUCUCAAAGAGGAGAAUAAAUUGUUAGAAGAAACGAGAGAACUCUCCGGUGGUGUCGGAUCAGAGGCGGAAUCUUCGAAGGAGACAGACGCCGCGCAAGCCACGAUCAAACGUCAAGAGCAAACCAUCCAGGAGCUCAACCGCGAAAUGGCCGAAUUAGAAUCCCUCAUAGAAUCUAAGAUUUACCGGGAAGACGAGCUGGAGAAUCGACUCCAAGAUCUCGAACGACAAUUGGACAAACAACGGGCCAUGUCAGCACCCCAUCGAGAUGGGAGUCCGGUCCCAAGCGGUCAUUCUCGUACCGCGUCCACAGCGACUGCUGCCUCGGGUCGAUCGGGCAUAUCAGCCGUCUCCUCUGCGAUGUCCGGCUCACACUCUAAUGAACAGUGUGAGCUGUGUGAAGGCCCUCACGACCUCGAUGCGUGCCCUGUGUUUGCGGGAAACAUGAUGCCUGAUACGGGAAAGAAGGUCAAUGGAGCACAGAGAACGGGUGGGAAAUGGUGUGCAGAUUGCGAGUCUACCGCUCACGAUACAGUCCAGUGUCCGAUGGCGGAAGAUGUUUUUUGACGAGCGUGUCAUUUGUCACUUUUGGAUGGAUACUUGCGUCCAGCUCGAUGCAUCACAUAAUCGGUGCGAUUCACUAAUGCUGAUGGGGGGCAGCGAUAGGAAUGAAUGAUCACGGAGCGCGACGAGCUACUGUGUGAAGAGAUAAUCAGAGCUCCCCGCGGUCUGCAUAGCCUCUGGUACCUCUCCCUGAUCUCCAAUGUCUUCUACUGAAGCCUGUUGGGCUCGAGCUGGA